GUCCCUGUGCGUGUUUGUCGAGUGCGUGUUGUGGAUGGAGGGAUGGAGCGAAGCGGGAGCUGCUGCUGCUGAUGGUGGUUCCUCUGUAGUUCUCCAGUAUGGAGGCCGUUCCGGAUCAGGAGCAGCUCCUGAUCUUCCUCAGGAAGCUGAAGGAGGUGUUUGAUGUGUGUGAUGAAGAUGCAGACGGGUUCAUCCGCGUGGAGCAUUUGGUGGAUCUCGGGCUUCAGUUCGGUCGAGGAGAUGAGGAGGUGAAGAAGUUUGCUAAGUUCCUGGACCCUGAUGCUCACGGCCGGAUCAACUUCAAAGACUUCUGUCACGGUGUCUUCGCCAUCAAAGGCUGUGAGGAGAUCCUGAAGACUGCCCUGGGAGCACCGCCCAUCGACAGACCUCCGUAUCAGACGGAUAACGGCUACUACUACCAGCACGGCUCAGCUGGACUCACCCCCCCCCUCAUCAUGUGCACCCAGCCGUACGUGGAGUGCCCGCUGUACCCAGGCGAGAGUCCGACUGGCCGGGACACGCACGAGUCCGACAUGGACAGUGGAGCGGCAUCCGAGACGUCUGAGGGCGGUCGCCAUGACGACAAAGAGGAAAGCCUGGGAGGAUUGUUUCUACCCGGAAACAACUCCUGUCAGCUGGUCCCGUCGGCCACAGCCUCCGUGAUUUCGGCUGAGGAGCAAUUUGAGGAUUAUGGAGAAGGGGAGGAUGUGGAUUUUACUCCCAGCAGCCCCUGCCCCGACGACGACACGCGAACCAACGGUUUCUCAGACCUCGGCUCAUCACUGCCUUCCAGUGCCGGUCAAACUCCUCAGAAGAUCAGGCACCUCUAUAACAGUGAGCUGCUGGACGUCUACUGCUCACAGUGCUGUAAGAAAGUCAACCUGCUCAACGACCUGGAGGCCCGGCUAAAGAACCUAAAGGCUAACAGCCCGAACAGAAAGAUCUCCAGCACCGCCUUUGGCCGUCAGCUCUUCCACCACAGUAACUUCAGCAGCAGUCAGGGCAGCACAGAAGACCUUUUCAGAGACAGCAUCGACUCCUGCGACAUCGAUAUCACAGAGAAGGUGAGCUACCUGGAGAAGAAGGUGACGGAGCUGGAGAACGAAAGCCUGGCCAACGGAGACCUGAAGAGCAAACUGAAACAGGAGAACACACAGCUUGUUCAUCGAGUGCACGAGCUGGAGGAACAGAUUAAAGACCAGGAGACGCGGGCAGAGCAGAGUCUGGAGGAGGAACUGAAGAGGCACCGAGAAAUUUACAGCAAAAUGGAGAGAGAUAAAAGCACAGAGAUAGAGCUCCUCUGUAACAGGGUGCAGCAGCUGGAGGAGGAGAACACGGAGUUGAAGGUGAACGUUUGCAGACUGAAAUCACAGACUGAGAAACUGGACCAGGAGAAGCAGCGUAUGACGGAUAAGCUGGAGGACACAAGCCUGCGUCUGAAGGAUGAGAUGGACCUGUACAGGAAGAUGAUGGACAAGCUGUGGCAGAACAGACACGAGUUCCAGAAAGAACGCGAGGCCAUGCAAGAAUUGAUAGAGGACCUGAGGAGGGAGCUGGAGCACCUGCAGCUCUUUAAGCUUGAGACAGAGCGGCCUGGACGAGGACGAACCUCUUCAGCUGAAUUCAACGCCAAAACACGGGAGAUAGAGCUGGAGCACGAAGUCAAACGCCUCAGACAGGAGAACCAUAAACUGAGGGAUCAGAACGAUGAUCUAAAUGCACAGAUCCUGAGCCUGAGUCUUUAUGAGGCUAAAAACCUGUUCGCCUGCCACACAAAGGCCCAGUCGCUCGCCGCCGAGAUCGACAACGCCUCCAGAGAUGAGCUGGUGGAAGCCUUGAAGGAGCAGGAGGAGAUCAAUUUCCGUCUCAGGCAGUACAUGGAUAAGAUCAUCCUGGCCAUCCUGGACCACAACCCCUCCAUCCUAGAGAUCAAGCAUUAGAGCCUGGCUUUAGGCUCUAAUGGAAGUGGUUUAGGUUCACAGGAAGUGAACUGCACCAACAUUCCCACUCAUUCACGUCAUUCUGUAUCAAGAACCCCUCCAUACUGGUGAGACACCAUCACCCGGGGGUUUCCUUCACGCUUCUCACCACGUCAUGAGUUCAGAGCCCUCACGCUGCAGAGCUGUUUAACACCUGGAAGGUGUAUUUUUCACCCUAUGUUUGUAUGGAGUAGAUCUGCGAAACUCACAGAGAGCCUGUGAGAAACGAGUGGAACACUGGACCAUAUGUUUUCUAGAAAAGCUAGAGCUUUAUUUUGUUUUUAGAUCCUAUAGAAACGGCAAACUUGUGUCUCUUAAAUGUGGAGCCUCCACAGGCUGAUUUAUGCUUCUGCAAACCUGCAAUGCAUUUGUGUAGACAUUCAGCGGACAAAAUCUCAGCUGCACUGCAAAAAAUGCUCCUUUCCAUGAGAAACCAUCUUAAAUCUAGUCAUUAUAUCCAAUAUUUCUCAUUAUAAUACUUUUAAGAGUAUUAUGAGAUUAUUCAGCUUAUUUCAGUACAUUUCUACUCAAUUAAAGCAGCUUUAUUUUGUAAAAUGAUUUUAUUCCCUCGACACAAUUGUAUGAAAUGUAGAAAAAAAUAUUAUUUUAUAUUAUUCUAGCUACAUUGGCUAGACUUAAGAUGCUUUUACUCAUCAGGAUAUUAUUUUCUGCAGUGUCUUCCAACAAGAUAUAAGAUGUGUAGACAGUUUAUUUUUCAUGUAGAUGUUUGAAUCUGCAGUGCUGAUUGGUUGAGCAGGGAAGUGAUAAGAUUUAAACAAGACCGAAACAAAACUAAACACAGCAAAACAGAGCAGUUUGAGGACCGAGUGACCGAAGAGGUGUUAUUAUCAGUUAUAUUAUAUUAUAAUACAGGGUUGAACACAAAUCACUGUUUGAUUUGUACGUGCUGGUUUCAUAAAUACAACACUGCCCUCUUGUGGACACUUAACGUCUGUGCACAUUUGCAGAUUUGCAGAUGUAGAAGUAUAAUUCCGCCCGAGACCACUACAGCUUAUUGUGUGGAACCUGUAAGGACGUCUGUGGUCCAUUGUGAGCCAUACAGGAGCAAAGGCCACAGUGAAAGGACUUUUAUUCUGAAAAACUUCAGCAGUUUUCUCAGUUUGGGUACUAUACCAUGUGGUAUCGUGUAAUUAGAAGGAGGUAAAGCUCAUGUAUGUAGUAUAUAGUGAAUAUACAGUUGGUAUAUAAACUGCUGGUAAUGGAUCUUGGGGCCAUUACUGCUUUUAAUGGUCUGUUAAUUAGCCUCACUAAAGGAAUAUUCCAACAACAACAGCAAAAAUCUAAUUGUCAGAGUUUUUA